ACCAAACUGGACAAAAUGCCUAAAGGAAGAAAUGCUGGCAGAGGGAGUGGAAUAAAAAACUUGACUCAUCAUCAUGAUGAUCAUCAUCAUCAUCUUCAUCAGACAGUAUUAAAGCAUCAUUCCUGCAUCACUGUGGAGGAGAAAGAGAGAGAGACGCACACAUCUUCAUCCGUGUUGCUGCUGCUGCUGAGCGCAGGAGGAGAGCGGACCGGCUACAAGAUGUACGGCAGGCAGAUGGAGACCGCCGCUGGAAUCGAGGAGCUGACGGACGAAGAGAAGGAAAUUAUCAACAGCGUGCUGGCGAGAGCCAAGAUGAUGGAGGCCAUGGAGCAAGAGAGGAUUGGGCAUCUGGUAAAUCGCCUGGACAGCAUGAAGCGGACGGCCUGCGGUGACGGCUACACCCGUUGUUUACUUUGCGGCCAGCAGUUCGGCCUGACCGGCGUCAGCGCGGUCGUGUGCGCCGAGUGUAAAAAGAACAUGUGCACUAAGUGUGGCGUUCAAAGUCGUUCCGGUCCAAUAUGGCUGUGCAAAAUCUGCAGUGAGCACAAAGAGAUGCUGAAGCGCUCCGGUGCCUGGUUUUUCAAAGGUUUACCACAACAGAUUUUACCCGCUCCAUUACCGAUCUCUAAUAAUAGAGAGCUCAGUACCACCAGCGCACCAACUUCUACCAAUCCGUCAACCGAGUCUUCAGUAUCUUCACACCCAAAAAAUGGAGAGAGCAUGCAGGUCACCGGCAGAGAGCAGCAGAUAUCUGCAGAAACGGUGCCCCCUAAACGGGACGAGCAUUCUGUGAUAUCCCAAAGAGCCCUAGAAGAAGACAGAGGUAGACGGUCUAUGAGCAGGAGCACAGUUCAGUCCGACAUCACAGUGGAAGGACAAACUUACUCACCUGUGGUGAAGAGAGAAGUACCGGUUAUGAGCUCCAAACCUCCGGUGUCGACCUUUUCCACGACUCCCAUACAAAAAGAUCCUGUGAGUCGACCGGAGGCCAGGGCACCACCUGCUAUGCAGACAGACGCACGUUUGCCAGCUGCCAACAGCGUUCCCGCUUCACGCCAGCCACCACCCCCCACCGCGGAGGAUGAAGAGGACGCCAACAGCUAUGACUCUGACGAUGCCACCACUCUGGGCAUGUUGGAGUUCAGUCUGCUCUACGAGGAGGAGAAAAACGAACUGCACUGCAAUAUAAUCAAAGCAAAGGUAUUGUCUUUCUUCCCUAGAACAGGCCGUUUCGAUACAAUCUAUUUCUGCACUGGAAAAACGUUUCUGAAGGAUCAUGUCUCGAAGCGUUUAACCGCUAACCGUGCAAUUAUUUCGUCUUUGGUGAAGGGUCUCAAGCCCAUGGACUCCAAUGGUCUGGCCGAUCCUUAUGUGAAAUUACACUUGCUUCCAGGAGCCAGUAAGUCUAAUAAGCUAAGAACAAAGACGCUUCAUACCACCCUGAACCCCGUGUGGAACGAGAACCUAGUUUAUCAUGGCAUCACUAAUGAAGACAUGCAGAAAAAGACUCUCAGGCUUUCUGUCAGUGAUGAGGACAAGUUCGGCCAUAAUGAGUUUAUCGGCGAGACGCGGGUGGUCUUGAAAAAACUGAAGCUGAACCAGAAGAAGACCUUCAAUGUGUGUCUCGAGAGAGUGAUUCCGGUGAGACGUACUGCUGGCGCAGGUGCAUCUCGUGGCAUGGCGCUCUAUGAGGAAGAGUUGAAGGCUGAUGAAGAGGUAGAGGAGAGAGGACGUAUCCUGAUUUCUCUCACCUACAACAGCCAACAGGGUCGUCUGAUUGUGGGUGUAGUUCGAUGUGCUCAUCUGGCAGCGAUGGACUCGAAUGGCUAUUCGGACCCCUUUGUAAAGAUUUACUUGAAGCCUGACAUGGGAAAGAAAGCGAAGUGUAAAACUCAGAUCAAGAAGAAGACCCUUAACCCUGAGUUUAAUGAGGAGUUCAGCUAUGAAAUCAAGCAUGCUGAACUGGCAAAGAAGACUUUGGAUGUCUCUGUCUGGGAUUAUGACAUGGGAAAAUCUAAUGAUUUCAUAGGUGGCUGCCAGCUUGGUAUCACGGCUAAGGGCGAAUGUCUGAAGCACUGGUAUGAAUGUCUGAAGAACAAGGACAAGAAGAUCGAACGCUGGCAUGUUCUGUUGAAUCAAAACAACAUUGAGGCGGAUGACUGAGGUGUCGUAUCUCCAAAGAUACGACAGCAUACGGUUCCAUCUUUCAAAGUAAUCUCGCUUCCAAGCUCGAACUGCUGAUAAUGUUUUCUUUUCAUUCAGAAAAAAUUCUUUGUCUUUGCCUCUCCUGAAACCCUGUGAUGAGCUAUAGUGGUCCAACCAAGAAAAACCUAGAAAACCCAGAUACAUGUUUUUAGGUGGGAAAAAAAGACAGUGUAUGAUAUUUUUUUCACUCAGUAAAUGCCUUAAAGAACAAAACCUCAUGAAUACAGAUGUGACGCAAAUAUAUUAGUCAUCAAACCCUGCAACCAAAUAUACUCAAGGACACUGGGGGAAAAAUGGACUUUAAGUUCUUUAAGUAAAAUAGCAUGUGAAAUGCUACGGUACACUCUAUUGUUUGUAUUAGAAAUAUAUGCAUAUGUCUUUCAUUCAUUUAUGUUUCUGUUUCAAUCAGUGUGUGACAGAUAAGGAAGAUCGUGUUUAAAACAAAUUGUGAAUAUAAAGUUUAGAAAAGUAUUAGCGUUGUAUACAGGUUGUUCAAGUUCAGUAUUACUUCAACUACAUAUGGAAAUGUCCUGUUGUUAUGUGCAUGGAAUUCAUGGAUGUAUUCUCUGAUUAUACGUUAUUGUCAUUGCUAAGUUUGAGUUUGUUUCAUGUUUACAGGUGUUGUUGAUUUACAAUACCCAAUAAAGUGUUCUCAGCUAUCGCCUAUGAA